AUUCAGUUGGGCGUCUUUUGUAACGAGGACAACGAUAUUAUGAUGACUUUAGUGCACAGAGUACCUUCGAGCUAGACGCGAGUCGCUACAUAUCAAGUAUCGUUCGAGAAGCUUUUUAACUAUCACUAUGAGCCGACCUCUACUAUAAAAGCACAAUGAAUUCUAACAAGGAAUUUCCGAAUAACUUCGGAGCUUAUAUCUCUAAAGUUAAGAGGGAUAUUUUACAAACCAUUAAUAAAAGGAAUUCUGUGGGUAGUGUCACUAGGAUCGAUUGUCGUAAUUUGAAGUCUCAACUCUUCGAUGUGUCGGAAAAUGUGGCUUGUGAUUAUAAACACAUGAGCUCAUACACUUAUGACAAUCUAGACAGUGAAAUCUCCGCCGGAAAAAACAACAACUACACACAGUCGGUUAUAUAUUCAGGUGGCUUGUCGGGGACGUUAAGUUGUGAAGAACGUUACUGCUUUACGUUAGUGAUACGUUCUCGAAUGCGCAUUUACUUUGGUUCCUGGCUACGUUUAGCUACAGAUUAUAAAUCUGCACGUAUUUUGCGUGACCAUAAUCUUCUCAAAUCAUCUUUACUCUUCUGGAAAUACGGUAUCCUUUUUACCAUGUAAAGUAAUUGCCAUCGAAAUAGUAAUUCGUUCUCCUAGAUAUGAUUUUCAGAAAAUUGAUAACGAGGUAUAAAUUUGUUCCAUUUACUAAAAUUUAAACAAUUAAGCUGUUUGCAUAAGCUUCAUUUAUUACAAAACCUAUCCUGACCAAUUACAGUAUGUUGUGUGGCGAUUGAAACGUACAUUACUUUUUAAUGGAUUGUUCGAUUGAUGAAGUACUUUAUACUUAACUCAUACGUGAUGUCAUCUUGGAGUUUAUAUUCUAUUCCCACUUUUAAAGUCAAUGAAACUACCUGCGAUAACUUUUAGUCCGUGAUACAUUUUUACCUGAAGGGUGUAUUUUGUCAUGACGCUGACGUCAAUGGUUCAUAUGAGCUAAGCUGUCUUAACAGAAUUAACUUGGUAAAUCAUUUAGAAUUCGACUUUCGAAUCUCGCUAAAAUUUGCAAACAAAAAGGCUACAGAUCAUCAUAACAUGAAUAUAAAGGUAAUUGUGUAAGUUCAUUUUUGUCUUCCGAAUAAGACGUGCGGACGCUUACUCAAUAUUGACGUUUUAUCUUUCAGUCGCGCUCACUUUUUAUUUGGGUAUCUUACGUACAAAAAAGACGGAGAAGAAACAAGUCAAAACGUAUGGCAAAUGCUAAUUAUCGUCUUCAGGUGAGUAAACAACCUUAUUUCCGGUACUGUGAAAAAACUAGCAAAAAGUUAAGCUUGUCGAAUCGUAUGGGUGUUACUUAGAGUCCAAGCAUCAAUUACCGGAAUAGAUAUAAUAAUAUCGUGGGUUUUAUUCCAGUCAUUUGCAUAACUGAGUAGUUGGAUCUACAUUCAUGACGAUGACCAUUACUUUUUUGAAGACAGUUACAAACGCACUUCGUCAUAUUGAUUGUAUGACAUUUGUCUUCUAGGACAUGAAUUUAUGUUCUGUCUAGUUCUUAAAAUAAUCAGUUUGCUUUUUGACUGAAUGUCUUUUUAUACGAUUACCAAAUAAUUUAUAAUUCCACUUUUAAUAAAUCAAGGCAUUGCAAAGCCACAUGACAUGUUGGAAAACGAAAUAUUUUCUAACUGGGAAAUCUGCUGUUGAAAAAUCCCUUUUUGCUGCAGCAAGAGCUCACGAUCGUCGGCAUAUUUUGCGUAAAGCUUUAUUUGUUUGGAUGUUAAAACAUCAGUUUUGGAAACAAAAAAGAAUAUUACGUAGAACCGCACUAAAGUUUCUUCACAAUAAAUUGAACAAAGCUAUCAUGGUGUCAGUAAUUCAAGAAUGGUAUCACCAAAUUUUAGAUAUCCAAAUUUCAAAUAAACAUAAUAGGUAAGCUCAGUUACAAAGUAUUUUAUCAGUGUUAUUUAUAUGGAAAUGUGUUGCUCUAUGGUACUUUUCAAUCUCUACAAUAUCAAACUUAUAACAAUAAUUCAUCGUGACAGUACUUCUCGCGUGUUUAUUUCCUUGUUAGUUGAGUUUAAAAUUUAGCUUUUUAUUGUUCAUUUUUAUGACUCAGAUGAAAUAAGGGAAUAUCUGCAAAAGUUUAAGUGAUUUAAUAAUACCAAUUUGUGCACAGAUUAGUCAUCAAAUGCUGGUCAGUAAUAUUUUCAAAUCAUAACUACUAUUUAUGGUUUAUCUACCAUGAGUUAAUCUAGUCGCCUGUCUACUGUUUUAAUAAAUACUUUAAGAAGUAGUCAAAGCUUCAGAAAUCUUCACUCUUUUUAACAUCGAUUUACUUCUUAAUUAUACUGUAAAUGCCCUGAUAGUAUAUUUAUUAAAAGGUGUUAUAUAACUCAUAAAAGUAUUCUAAACCCAAUAUCAUUAAGGACGAAUAAAGUAUGUACUGCUAAACAUAUGAAGUGUAGAAAAUCUUUAUUGUUUAACUUCAACUGUACAUCCACGAUCCCACACUCGGGACUCAAAUCCAAGACCCUCUGUUUCGUGCAAACACUUAACCUCUGGACCACUGAGCCGCGAUCUAUUGGUGUUGAUGUUUAACUUCAACCAACCGCGUCGGAUGUGAUUCAAUUGACCACUGAAGACAGUGGAGGAUGGUUGCGCACUAUCGUGGAUUAGUUGAAGUUGGAAGUUAAAAACUGACGUGUCUCGGCUCCACAACCCUUUACUGAUAUUUUAUUCUUUUAACAGACAGAGUGGAGCAUAAACACAUAUAUUCCUUUGAAUGAAAUCAAGAAAACAAUAUGGAUUAUUCCAUAAUGCCCCCUCAAUGCUCUGGUACAACCGAGGGUGAGGAGAGUCCGUUCUCCCCCUUAAAAUGCUCUCACAUGGCCACGCGUACAUAGCCACUGACGGAGAAGUCCUACUCACUGCCUUCUUGCGUUGGGGAUGUUGUUUAGAAAAUCGAGAAAAUGAAAAGCGAAUAUCCGGUGCUUUAACCGGGUUGAUGGACACGGAGGGUCCAUCUAGGGGUUAAAGAACCUUUAUCCUGAACCGAUGGUACACAUGGGCCCCAGGAUCCUGAGAAAACAAAUGGAGUAUGAACCAAUUGUCAAUUGCCGUCUACCAUGGGACUGCAUCUCCUAACGUUGCUCCGCUGCCUUGUGGAUUAAACCUCUAGGUCAGAGGCUACGGAUGUGGCCCCCUGAUCAAUUGCAGUCCUAAACAACAAUAGGAAAAUACAAGCAAACAACACCAUGUGAAUUUAAACUUCACCCCAUUGCACAAGAAGGUGGCUAUCAGGAAUCCGUAACUAAGUGGAUAGUGCGAUGGCGUUUGACGCGCACUGUACUGGGUUCGAGUCUCGGAGUGAACAUCAACUCUAGGAUGCUGGUAUAUCAAGCUGACGAGUUCCAAAUAAGACGAAAUGCGCGUCCUGGAUUCCACUGCUAGCCACUAUCCGUCUUUGCUCAUGAUUGUAAUUGGCUAAAAAAUAAAGGUAAAACUAGGUAAUUAAUUUAAUCCAUAUUCGAUGUCUUUCCUGAUCUUAUUUUUAAGUGUGUUGAAAUAUAGGUAGAAUCAACUAAAUUUACUUAUAAAUCAGAUAAAUACAAUGAACACCGGUAAUUUUUAUUUUCAAUAAGUUAUAAACAUUCAAUAAAUAGGAAAUCAGUCAACAUGAUGUACUCAUUUGAUGAUAUCAGAUUUAUAUUCCAGUUACACAUGGCACUAAUUGUUAAUCUGAAGGAUUGUAUUUCGACUUUAUACAUGAUAAAAAAAUUCAGACUUCUGAAAAGUAUAGAGCUUAAACUAAAAAUCUAUUUGAUGUUUCCUGGCUUUUGAUGUAUCUUCAGUUGAUGAAGUCUGUUAUAAUGUUGUCUUGAACAUUAUUUUCAAUGUGUGUUGGGGACGAUAUAUCCUCAAAACUCAUAUUUGUAAUUUUAUCAUAUCGAUUAACUUAUCGAUUAAAUGAUUAAAUAGCAGUCAAUUGAUGAACUCAUUGAUUAAUGUUUAAAAUUUCCCAUGACAAUAUCGAUUAUAUAUAUUUGUAUAUAUACGUUUUAAAUUGUGUUUGUGGGCUCGCUCGUUUUCUAGCUGUUUGCAGAAUAUAUUUUCCAUGCCAAGCUUGGACUUCUCCUUCUAGGUAGCGGGGCUGGAACGCAUCAAUAGCUAGAUUACUGGUCUUUGGUCACUGAGUCAUGUUCUCGUUCGCAGAUUAAGUGAACUCAUGAAGCUUCAAACCUAACAAUGUGGGAAAUUAAAUAGUAUAUUCUUUGAUUUAAAUUUUUCCACUAUGUCGAGUUGAAUGCUCGAGUUAUUACGAAACAAAUAAAUAUAAAUCGUAAUCAUCUGAUCUUGAUUCUCCUUUCCUGUAGGUAUAGAAUUUUGAAGACGCUCCUAAAAAUUUGGUCAUAUCGAAGCAAAGUAUCAAUUAUAGAACGUCAAAUGUAUUUUUCUGCUUGUAAUUUACAUUCUAUUUUAGUACGUCGUCGGUGCUUUUUGUUAUGGAGAAAUUAUGCAUUAUAUAAGAGAAAAAAACACAAACAAAUAAAAUUUGUUAUUCGAUUUUAUAAAAUAAAUCAAAUAAAAAAGUACUUUGUUGCUUGGAUGAAUUAUCAUUUUGUGGCUGUUGAUCAUCGCAGUAGUGUUCAAUCCAUGAGUAUGAAACAUAAUACAUCAUUAAUCAAACAGUGUUUACUGAAAUGGAAAGAUUAUUGUACUACCAAACAACUAUUAUUGUUGAAAUUAUCUCAUUUUAAAAAGUGUCAGAAAAAUAAACUACUCAAGGAAUAUUUUCAAUAUUGGUUGAGUAAUCUUCUCUCUAAACAGUCACAAGAAAUAACAAUCCGGAGUUUUAGAAAACAUAAAUUUAUGGAAAGCAUAAAAAGGUUGUUUCUUGCAUGGUUACAAUGGACGUCUAGUCGUCCAGAAUACCUUUUGAAAAUGCAGCUUACUUUUAAAAUAAGUUUAGAGAAUAUGCGAAUUGUUACUAUACGAAUUUGGUGGAGACACUGGAGAUCUGUGUAUAACUAUUGUUCAAACGCUAAACUUGCAUGCAGACUUUAUGAUAAACAUAUACUUGUUCAGUGUCUCAAUUGCUGGUCUGCUUUUAUUACUAUCAAGAAACAUAAAAUCAAAUUAUUUAAAACAGCUAAUGACUUUCGAAUUCGAACAAUUCAGAAGCACUUCUUAAGCCAAUGGCAUUUGAAACUAAUUGAAAAUAGUAAAUUUCAAGCUUUGAAAUCCAUAGCUCUUGUGCGAUGGUCUUUAUGCUUACAAGCAAAAGUAUGGAAGGCUUGGCAUUUAUGGAUUGGAAAACAAAAUUAUAAAAGAAAUAGACGAAAAACCGCUACCCAACGGUUUUAUGAGCACAAAACUGUCGACGCUCUAAGACUAUGGAUUACUGUGGCUUUGAAUAAACGUCAUGAAAGGCAUAUGAAGUACUGUUCAAAAUUUUGGAACAAUGACAUUCGUGUUUUUAAAUUAGUACUUAAUACAGCAACACGUUGGUACUGGUGGACGUUUUCUAGAGGAAUUAGUCAAAAUUCAAGUGAACUUAAUAUGAAUAGUAUUUGGGCUGAUAUUUCUGAAUUGACUAAUGAAAAUCGCAUAUCCAGACUUUCAGAAUGUGGCAAUAAUUUCAGAACAAUACGAAAUCAAGAACUAACACCUGCACGUUAUCCCGACUUUAUUCUCCCUGAACUACAUUCACUUGGGCUUACCAAUGCUAUAGAAUUCGAACAAACAUCAGCUCAUGUACCUCCAUUAAAUGAAACUUUUCACCAUGAGACGUCCAAUUGUCCAGAUAUUCAUUCCUGUGGUUAUCCAUUUCUCAACACACCAGAUGUUCAUGAAAUUAAUUUAUAUCUAAACUCUUUGUCGGAGCGGGUAUCUUACUACAGAAUGAUAAAGUCUAAAUAUAAACUGAUUUAUCAACGCCUUUAUUUAGAGGAUCAGAUGGAGAAUAAAGCUAAUUACAAUAAAGAGGGAUCUGGUGAUGUAUCUUUCAAGUAUCACCUGAAGACGGAGAAAGAUACAUGUAACUUCCUCAUCAAAGAACUACGGUCUUUCUUUGUCCAGUUAUCUAAGUCCACAUAAUAUAAAAUAGUUGUUUAUUAGUGAAUUUUUAACUUUAAUUCAGUAUCAAUCGCUUUUUUGUACUGCUUCACUGGAAUUUGUUGUUAAUGACGCUUUCGUGUCUUUCAAGUCUAAUAAUGAUGUAAAUCUUGGUUGGUAGUUAUUUUCACUUUGGUAUGUUAAUAAAAUAUUUGAUGAUGUGUCUUGAUGCUUUUUUGCUGAAGUGCGCACAGACCUUUAUGUGCGUAAUUAUGACAGACUUAUUUUGUAACUAGUUUUUGCUACUAUCUUCAUUCUUUUCACUAACUCUCAUAAUUUGUUCGUUUACUAUGAGUGACUGCAAAAUAGUUGUCUAAAAAUGCAUGACAUUAUAUUUCCAUUUUCGUUUUGAAUUCUCCAAUAUCAUGACACUGAUUACAUCUUACAAAAACAGUGUUGCGCGUA